UCGCUCGAGACUUCGCUUCGGAGUCUUUCAGCUUGCCUAAUGGACGACGGCACCCGAUUCAGAGGCAGAGAAACCAUGGGUGUCCAAGCAGUGACUCGAUCGUCUCCUCCGCCCAGAUUGAAGACUUUAAGCCACAAGUUUAUGGAAAAUCCUAAGGUACCCUUUGCUGUUGCUCUGGUCUUUGCGGAUGCCAUCCUUGCCUUCCUCAUCAUCUCAUUUGUCCCAUAUACAAAGAUAGAUUGGGACGCUUACAUGUCACAGGUUACUGGGUUUCUUGGAGGGGAAAGAGAUUACAAGAACCUGAAAGGUGAUACUGGGCCUCUGGUCUACCCAGCCGGAUUUCUAUACAUCUAUUCUGCAUUCCAGUAUCUAACUGGAGGAGAAAUUUAUCCAGCUCAGAUUUUGUUUGCAUUUUUGUAUACUCUCAAUCUGGCAAUCAUUCUCCUGGUAUAUGUGAAGACUGAUGUGGUUCCCUGGUGGGCCCUUUGCUUGCUUUCUUUGUCAAAAAGAUUGCACUCUAUUUUCAUGCUUCGUCUCUUCAAUGAUUGUGUGGCCAUGACACUUCUUCAUGCUGCUUUGCUCUUAGUCAUACACCAAAGGUGGCAUCUUGGUUUAAUUAUGUUCAGUGGGGCUGUUUCGGUGAAGAUGAAUGUGCUUCUUUAUGCUCCGCCCUUAUUGCUGCUGAUGCUAAAGGCCAUGGAUAUCAGCAGGUUGUUAUUGGCGUUAGCUGGUGCAGCAUUGGUUCAGAUAUUGUUGGGACUUCCUUUCCUGGUUUCACAUCCAGUUGCAUAUAUAUCGAGAGCCUUCAAUCUUGGCCGUGUCUUCAUUCAUUUCUGGUCCGUUAACUUCAAGUUCAUGCCUGAACCAGUCUUUAUAUCCAAAGGAUUUGCAAUCUUUUUGCUGGCUGCUCACCUCAUAUUACUUACUUUGUUUGCGCACUAUAGAUGGUGCAAACAUGAAGGAGGACUUAUCACUUUUCUGCACUCCAGAUAUGUCUCUAUGAGGCAUGGCAAGGCCAGUUCAUCUUCCGUGAAGGUUCUUACUAAAGAACAUAUUGUGACGACUAUGUUUGUUGGAAAUUUCAUUGGCAUUGUUUGUGCAAGGUCGUUGCAUUAUCAAUUUUAUUCAUGGUAUUUCCAUAGCUUACCUUACCUUCUGUGGAGAACAAAUUAUUCGACAUUGAUGCGGUUAAUUUUGUUCAUGGGAGUGGAGAUGUGUUGGAAUAUCUAUCCUUCAAGCAGCCUUUCUUCAGGGCUGCUUCUCUGCCUCCACUUAAUUAUACUCUGGGGUUUGUGGUCUGCUCAACCGGAUUAUCCCUAUGUACAAGAUAAAUCAUCCACACAAAAAGAUAGAUAGAAGUUCUGGAGCCUCCUUUUUCUUCUAUUUCUGUGGAGGAAAGGGACAAACUAUUUCUCCCUCACCUCCCUUUUUUUGGUGUUUUUUUUUUUUUAAUGUGAGUCCUAGUGUUCUAUUUUAUUUAGAAAUUCUUGUGUGAAAUACUCUCAUACUCUCAAAUACUCUUUAUAUCCGUUUUUUUUUUUAAUAAUAAAUAGUUUUUGAGUA